AUGACACUCCUCCUGACCCUCCCCAUCCUCCUCCUACUCAUCCACACCCUCGUCUACGUCCCCCUCACCUCCCCGCUAUCCUCCCUUCCCGGUCCAUUUUACACAAAGCUCACCUCCCUUAUUCGCAAGUACCACGAGCUCCGCGCCACCCGCACCCGGUACAUCCACGCCCUGCACCUCCGCUACGGACCCGUUGUCCGUGUUGCGCCCAAUGAACACGCCAAACGGAAACGGAUUCUUGCGGACCGCUAUGCCAACAGUAAUGUUAUGCGUCAACCAGCGCUCAACGGCAUCGUCGAGCGGGCGGAGAGAGUGGUCAAGAGGUGUGUCGAGUCUUUGGGCGGAAGUCUCGAUCUAUAUCAUAAAGGCCUUCACUCAUACGCCUACGAUUGCGCAACCCAUCACUUGUUCCAUCCGUACGGGGCCGAUUCGCUCCGGAACAAGCAAGACGAGGAGAUCAUGCGCGAAGUAACGUUCGACGACAGUUUGCAAAACCGACAACUAAGUUACUACAGUCCCACCUUGCACAAGGCCAUCUCCAAGAUCCUCUACAUCUGGGGCGUCAAGCCGCGCGAGACUCCUCUAGCCGAUAAAUUCGUCCUCGAUACCGCCGCCAAAACAGACGCAGCGCCUUUCACCCUUCUCAACCGCCUCCAAAGCGUGUUGAACAACAACCGCAACGAUGAUGAGAGCGAGAAAAUCGCCAAGAUAGACCAGCUCGACAUCGCAGCCGAAGUCCUCGAUCACAUGGUAGCCGGCAUCGACACCACGGGCGACGCACUCUGCUUUCUCAUGUGGGAGCUUUCACAACCGCGGUCUCUUCAAUACCAAACCAAGUUGCGCGAGGAACUGUUGUCUUUCCCGGCAGACUUGAGCUUCGACAAACUCCCCUACCUUGACGCCGUAGUCAUGGAAGGUUUGCGAUGUUUCCCCGCCAUCCCCAUGUCUCUUCCGCGAAUCGUGCCCCGGGGCGGAAAGACCAUCGACGGGUAUUUCCUUCCCAAAGGAACGACGGUCAGUUGCCAGGCGCAUUCGGUGCAUAGGAUUGAUAUGGAGGCUUGGGGCCCGGAUCCGGAUACGUUUAGGCCGGAGAGGUGGUUAGAGGAGGAAAAAAAGGGCGGGGAUAAGGAGGGAAGGAAGAAAAGGUUGUUCUUUGCUUUUGCUAAUGGGGGCAGGGGAUGUGUUGGUAAACAUUUGGCACUUACCGAGAUGAAGAUCUUGCUCCGACAGGUGUAUUCCAGGUUUACUACACGCCCCAAUGAGACGAUGAGGGAGGAGGAUAUGGAGAUGGCGGAUCAACUUAUAUCGUCGAGGCCGGCUGGGUUGAAGUGUCUGUUGAAGUUUGAGCCAAUUGGUGGGCAGGAGGAGGAGGUGGUGGUUUAG